AUGUUGUCUCUGACUCCCAUCUCAUCUGCGUCCUAUGAAGCCAAGAUCGCGUUUCUGUUCUUUUCGGUCGUGGAGCUUGCAGGGGGGAUCCUGGCCAACGGCUUCAUUGUCUCGGUGAAUGUGUGGGAUGUGGUGAGGAGGCAGCCUCUGAACAACAGUGACCUGGUGCUCCUGUGUCUCAGCAUCACGCGCCUUUUCCUGCAAGGACUGCUCUUUCUGGAUGCGGUUCAGCUUGCCUGCUUCCAGCAGAUGAAAGAUCCCCUGAGCCACGACUACCAAACCAUCCUCACUCUCUGGAUGAUCGCCAACCAAGUGAGCCUCUGGCUGGCUACGUGCCUCAGCCUCAUUUACUGCUCCAAGAUCGUCCGCUUCUCCCACACCUUCCUGCUCUGCGUGGCAAGGUGGAUUUCCAGAAAGACCCACCACAUGCUCCUGGGUGCGGUCCUUUUCUCGUGCGUCUGCGCGGUGCUCUGUUUGUGGGACUUCUUCAGCAGAGCCAGACUCACGUUCUCGGCUGUGUUACCCACGAACGGUACAGAGCUCAGCUUGCAAAUAUCAAAACUCAAUUUCUUUUACUCAUUUCUCUUCUGCAAUUUGGGGUCUAUUCCCCCUUUUCUAGCUUUUCUGGUUUCUUCUGGGGUUCUGAUUACCUCCCUGGGAAGGCACAUGAGAACAAUGAAAUGCCAAACUGGAGACUCUCAUGACCCCAGGCUGGAGGCCCACGUCAGAGCCAUGGUCUUCCUGGUCUCCUUCCUCUGUUUCUACGUGAUGUCCGUCUGUGCCGCCUCCAUCUCGGUGCCCUUACUGGUGUUGGGGCACAAUAAGGGAGGGGUGAUGGUUUGUAUAGGGAUGAUGGCAGCUUGCCCCUCUGGACAUGCGGCCAUCCUAAUCUCAGGCAAUGCCAAGCUGAAGAGUGCCUUAGGGGCCAUGAUACGCCGGGUUCAGAGAAGCCAGAAGAUGUUGGAAAUCCUAAAAUACAUGCAGAAGAAAAAGGAGACCACCAAUUCAAUGGAGACCAGAUUCUUACUGGCAGAUAACCUGUACUGCAAAGCUUCAGUUCCUCCUACGGAUAAAGUGUGCCUGUGGUUGGGGGCUAAUGUAAUGCUUGAAUAUGACAUUGAUAAAGCUCAGACAUUAUUGGAAAAGAAUUUAUCAACUGCUACAAAGAAUAUUGAUGCUCUUAAGGAAGACCUUGACUUUCUUCGAGAUCAAUUUACUACUACAGAAGUCAAUAUGGCCAGAGUUUAUAAUUGGGAUGUAAAAAGAAGAAACAAAGAUGAUUCUACCAAGAGCAAAGUAUAA